UAACUGCAUUUAGCUCAGAUUUUAUGAGAUUAUCAUUUUUUCACAUGUAAAUACACUUUUAAUUUACGAAACUAGUUUGCAUCAAUCAAAAAUAUUUUCGAUUUUAAAUGUAGUUUAUUUGAUGUACGUUGUUUCUAAACACAGAACAUUGCUUAUUUACAAACAGAAAUUGUUUUUCUAUAAAAACAUGGUGGUUUUAUGGUUAGAGAAAGCAAAAGUGUAAUUAUGACAAGAAAUGUUCAUCUUGCACAUAUGUAUUUGGAUACGAUCGAAUAGCUGGUGCCCACUGCAUCAAACGGCCCUGAAACACUCCCAUAGUGUGAGUAACAAGAACAAGUAACAAGUGGCCGUUCUGUUCUCAAUCGGUUCGCGGAGCACAAAUCGUUCAGAGAACGAUGCUUCUCUGAACAUGUGUUUGCAAGCGUUUCCAUCCGUAUAAGAAUGCAUUGUGUACUGUGAUAUUCCGUUUACUUAGAAGCCCGUAGGAUAUGGACCCAGAAAACGUUGGCAUAGAUACAAUUGUUAAGGUAGCAAAUUGGCUGCGUGGCAUUUGGGAGAUGAGACGUCGAACCGGACCAGUGCAGCAAUGGGUUGAUUCACUACCAUCACCCGCAAAAUCAAAUUUAUCAAUGGCAAGCCCAUGUCAAGAUGUACCUUUGGAAACAGUUACUGCUUCUUCAUUGACACCAACAGAGCCUAAAGACAUUCCAUAUUCUGUGGGAAUAAAAUCCCCAACCAUGACCAUAUCAGCGCCUAUUAAUGUUCCUAGUACAUCAACGAUCAAUACAUCUGGCCUACCAAGGUAUAGCUCACUGCCUCAUAAAUUGGUACGUGAUCCAAGUUUACAGUCUGAUAGCAGUCAUUGCAGUAGCGUGGAAAGCUUGUUAGAACUGAGGAAAGCUGAUCCAGAAGCUAUUUUACUUGGCCUAGGAUUUGGUGGCUGUUCAGGCAGUCCUCAAGAAAAUGGUUCUCUUUCCCGUAUACCAAAAAGGUUUCUACAACCAUCGAAACUCAAAGGCAUAGCCAUUAAUGAUUUUGUGAAGCACGAACAAGAGACUAGCGAGUCUUUCGAUUCUGUAUCUUUAGGAUACCGAGGAUUAACAGGUUCACCAUACGUAGCACCGUCAGAAAUUGUACAAAAAAUUAUGCAACGUUUACGAGAGCAUGAAAGUCAUGAACACGAUCCAUAUGCGAUGUACAAUUCUUGCGAGCAAUAUAGUCCAUUUCAACAAAGCGGUACACUGUCCGUACUAUCGCCCGAUAAUAGACAGUUUUUGGAGAGACCACGAUCGAAAAGUCCUGAUAUGCGUAAUAAACGUAUGAUUAUCGGACAAAAGUCUUUCGCAUUUGGGCACGACGGGGACCUAAUUGAAAUCAAUCCUUCCGAUAUGAAAAGAACGUGCGAAGACAAUCUAAGAAGCAAUGAUCCUAAUUCAAUCGAAAGAUCACGAAUAUCUAGAAAUUUAGAAAACACAAAUGUAGAUCAAACGUUUGACGACAUAACAAUCCAGGAAAUGGACAAGAUAGUACCAAAGAAAUUAUCGUUUGAUGACAGAAUAGAACUUUGCAACGAUAACAUUAUUAAAUCACUAACGACGUAUACAGAGAAUGUAGAUGUACAAACCACAAAAUCGAGGAACGAUAUUGAUUGCAAAGAGGAUAACUUAUUAAAUAUAAAAUUACAAAAUUUCUCUGAUAUUCGAAGAGCUAGCGAUGGAUCCUGCGAUACAAAACAACGUGGGGAAGAUUUAUCAAUGGAUCAGGCUCGAAGACACAGCGAUAGUUUUGUUCACACGAUUGAGAAUGGCAAUAGCGAGUCGGUUUUAUCACAAAGAAGAAAAACGUUGAAACGUCAGGCUAGAGUAAACGACGUGGAUGCAAUUUAUUACUGUAGUUCUAAGUCGUGUAUUUCCGAUGCAAUGGAAGAGAAAGUAGUUAACACUCAAGAAAAGAUAAAUGCCUGUGAACAUAAUAAGAACAUUCAAGCGAAAUCACUCCAAAAGAUCACGGAAAAUGCGAAAUCAAAAAAUGAAGAUGAAAGUUGCAGUAUACAUUGCAGUACACUUUCAAAAGAUAUAGGUGAUUCCAUUCAAUGUAUAGAUGAUAGUUUAGACGAAGAAAAACAUCAUAAUGUCAGUAAACACUACGUAGAAAAAAGUCAAUCUUUAAGACAAACAUGUAAUGAUAGUGGAGAGGGUACGACAAAUUGUUGUUGCUGUCGUUCCGGCUCUACGAAGUAUUGGAAAAAGAUGGACAAAAUUAUUCAAGAAAAUAAGAAUUUUGAGAAAAUAGUGAAAAAAAAUAGGAGGGAAAUGGCGGAAAUUCGUGAAAUGUUGAAUAGUGUGUUAUCCGUACGAUUAGAGCCUGGAUUUUAAUCAGAUUAUAUAAAUAUGACGCCAAAACCAUUUUCGGUAACAUGCAAACGAUGAUAAUGACGAUUAACCAAACUGAAAAGAAACAUUUUAUCUCGUACACUAUGUUUCAAGUUCCACUUCACUGAUCUAUUUGAAGAACGAAAUAUUUAUUUUACGCGUAUCAGUAAGUAGCACUGCGUGAUUUUUAAACAUCAUACUUGUAGUAAAACUGGCACAUGAAAGUAUCUCAGGAAGUAAUUAGUAUCAUAAUAACUGUCAAUGCCAAUGGUUUAUGUACGAAGGGACAUCUUUAUUCAUAACAGUUGCGUUUUCGUGUUUACAGUUAUAAAUAAAGAUGUAAAUAUUUUGUUAUGUUUUUAAAUUUUAUUCUUAUUAUAUAGUAAUAUAGAAUAAAUACCAAUGUUCAAUACACAAUAACAUUUACAAAUAAGUUGUCACUGUCACAUACAAUUAUAUUUCGUUAUGUUUGAAUCUUACUUUUAUUGUAUUAUAUUAUACUUGUUACUUUUAGUAGAUUUCUUCUCUGUUAAACGUUUAAAGUUAUAUUAUUGUUACAUCAAUGUACGAAUAAUUUCACAGUUUUAUCGUGCAUAUAUGCAAUAGACCAUAAGCAUAACUAAAAUAAUUUAAAAUUUUUUUAUAAAAAUUGAAAAGUAUGUCACAUUCCGAAGGUCAAUUAAAGAAGUUUGUAAAAUUUCGAGCCAUAAUUUUGUCCAAUAAUUGUGUGAAGAUACUGUCUAAUAAUACAUUGUUUAUUGCAUAGUCUUAUUUAUAACUAAAACAAAAUAGAUUAGUGAAAUACGUGAUGGUUACUGAACAUUGGUACGUACGUGCAAUGUCUUUGUUCACGAUCAGAAUAUUUCCUACUGUUGUUUGUAAAGUCUUUGAUAUUUCACUUACAAUUGCGACUGAAGAUACAGUCGAGCAAAAUCGUUUUAGCAAGAGAACAUUUUUCGUAAAUACUUUGCGACUGCUUAUAUUUGUAGCGCGAACAACGUUAAUAUACUACAUUCCGGAUCUGUGUGAACAUUGAAUUUGUUUCUAACAGUAUAUAUUAGAUAAAAAAUAAAUUGUUAGUGUCGACCUACGAAGAUAUGAAUGAAUAAUUUCAUGCUUGCGAAUUGCGUUAAACUAAAAAAUAUAUUUUUUAUACUAUAUUUUCUUUCCCUUAUUAUAUAUUAUAGAAUAUAAUACAUAAUAAGUUUUUUAACAUCUCCAAAAGGACAGACGAUCCAACAUAGGAAAAAAUGAUAAUUACUACAUACUUUUUAAAUCUGCCUUUUCUUAGAGUUUAGAAGGCAAAGGAAAAUUGGAAAAAUUUUGCACAUUUUAUACUUUCUUGUUUAUUUUGACGUUCACACUACCUUCUAAUUUUCAUUUUGAAGAAUAUACACUCUUGAAGUAGUGUAGCAGCUUUUAAAACUUAUUCGCACAACCAGUAUAAAGAAAGAUCUGAAUUGUAAAAAAACUGGUUGUGCGUAAUUUUUAUUCAAUAAGAUUAUAAUACUCUUCUUUGUGCUCAAGAUUCUCUAUACUUUAUGGUUACAAUUGUCUUCACUACGAAACGAAUAUUGAUUUAUUUGAGCUUCUCGGUAGCAUCAAUUAUACUUCAACGCAAACGCUUACUAAUUGAAGAAAAUAUGAAUAUAGGAGGUGUACUUAUAGGUACUAUAAUUAGAAACACUUCAAGUACAACUUUAAAUAUUCUUCUAUCUUAUCUGAAAUUUUAGGAAGAGAACUCAUAGAAUUGUUUUCAAAUAUAUCAUUUAAUGUUUAAAAUUUUAAACUUAUAAUGAAAAUUAUAUUUCUUACUAUAUGCCUACAUUCCAAUAAGUUUGAUGUACAUAGAUUAUACAAACAGGAUAGUCGUUUUUUUUGUUUUGUUUAAGAAACGAUGAAAUGUACAAAUAUGGGAACACUGAAUAAAUAUUUAACACAA